UAAAACGCUCCACAGCCUGGCUCUGUGCUGCAGUCAGUCUCGCGAGCCUAUAAAGCCGCCGCUCUCCUGGCUGUGGUCGCGCUCGUGCGGACGGGACGGAGCCCGCGUGCUGCUGAUGGGGCAGUGGAGCAGUGUGUUUCUCCGCUCGUGCUGAAGUUUCGCUGGUCUUUCAGGAAGUUUCGGGAGCACUGAGCGCGCGCCGCUCCUCGGUUCUGCCCUUCGCUCGCGAAAGUUCGUCUCUACCUAAAUGGACUUCAGCUAAGUGUUCCGCGAGCGCGUGACCGUGACUGAAGCUCGUGCGUAGAUCGAGGGCUCUGCGCGAGAGAGAGAGAGAGAGGGAGAGAGAGAGAGAGUGCGCGAGCGAGUGAGAUGGGACCCCGGCACCGGUGGAGUGUCCGCGCGCCGCUGCUGUUGCUGUUGCUGUUGGUUGGAGUCGCGCGCGCCACAUGGAGCUCCGGACCGUACCGGUACAGCGGCGCGAGCAACACCGAGCACAGGAGGAACUGGUGUCCUCAGUCUGUCACUAAGACAGUAACGUGUCAGGUGCAGAAUGGAACCACUCUUCAGAGAGUCUAUCAGACGUGCAGGUGGCCGCAGGGCUGCACCGGUGGCAGUUACCGUACGGUGGUCCGGCCCUCCUACAAGAUAGUGUACCGCACUGUUACUGCGCUGGAGUGGAAAUGUUGCCCUGGUUACACCGGCACACACUGCGAGGAAGGCUCUGCGAGCAGUAACCUGGUUGCGCAGGAGGCAGUGAGGAAACAGCCGACUUUCCGUAAGCCUGUGGUGGUCAAGACCCCAGAACAUCUCUCCAGCUGUCUGAACUGCAGUCGUAUCACAGCUCUCACCGAUCGGCUCAGCUCUCUGGAGGCAAAGGUCCAGCUCCUCUCUUCUCCAGCCUCUCAAAGACUGUCCCAGUCUAAAGGUGGAGGAGAUCAUGAUUCCUCCUCCCUCAUGGGGGCUCUACCUGCUCGAGGAGCUCCUGGAGCACAAGGCCCUGCAGGUCCGCAGGGUGAGAGAGGCAAGGACGGCAUACCCGGCAAAGAAGGUAAACCUGGGUCUCGGGGUCUGCCUGGGCCAAAGGGGGAUGCAGGCUUGAGAGGACCCUCAGGUGCCCCAGGGUCUAGAGGAACACCUGGACCAGCAGGCCCUCGGGGACCACCGGGCCUCCCAGGAGAAAGGGGCCUGCCAGGGCCUCCAGGACCCCCUGGACCCCCCGGACCACCAGGGCCUCCAGCACCUUUUUCUGAAGACAAAGAGAAGAAGGACCUGCUCCUCUCAAACAGUUUCCCGGACCCCCGAGCUGUCCCUGCACAAGGGCCCCAGGGGCCCCCAGGACCUACAGGCCCCCCAGGACCCAGAGGCCCUGCCGGACCCCCAGGACCUAUUGGACAAAGUGGGAAGCCCGGGACCCCUGGUUUGCAGGGCCCUGUGGGGCCAAAGGGCGAGCGAGGAGAGAGAGGCCCUCUGGGAUAUCCAGGAGAGAGAGGAUUCAAAGGGGAGCCGGGUCAGCCGGGACCGAAGGGUGAGCCUGGAGAGAAAGGCCUUCCGAGCGAUUUGAACGGGGACGGCAUACACCAAAUCCGCGAGGCCCUGAAGAUCUUAGCCGAGAGGGUUUUAAUCCUCGAGACUAUGAUCGGUAUCCAUGAGCCCGACCUGGGAUCUGGAGACGGCCCGUUUGGCACCGCACCGACAGAGUUUUACCGGAACAAGCGGGCCGGAGCCCUGCCGCUCCAGGUCAAGCCUCCAUCCCUCCCUGCUGACGCUGACGUCCGGGGGAAGUAGCUCCUGAAGUACUAAACAAAGGGGUGAAACCCUCGUUCCAGCUUGGACUGGCAACGCCGCUCACGAGUCCCUUUAACACGCGCCCUAUAGCUCCGCUCAUAUCACCUGUAACGCUUGCUCUGGAACCUACCGCUGAAUCAAGAACGAGGGAGAAACCUCAGGGAAGAUCAACCGGUGCUGCAGAUGUUUACCACCUCUACUGGGAAUCAGUUCAACAAGCCCUGCACGUAAACAGACACUAACACUGUCCUGUGUUAAAAGCGGCCUCCCAUUCGCUUUACUAACCAUAACCAAAAGAAUAUAAUCAUCGGGAAAACUGUUGAACUGACGUUGAACGGGAAAAAAAAACGGAAACAUAUAUAUUUACAUCAUGAAAUCUGCAGGAAUUCUACUGGUGCUUGAAUAACUGUAAAAUAACGGGACAAUAACGGGACAAAAACGAGCUGGUACACACGAUAAAGGCGGUUAAAUAAGACGAACGUGAUAACACUUUACUGUAGGGUGCUGUUCAUAAGGCUACAUAAAGUUGCCAUAACAACCGACAUAACCCUACAUAACUGUUCAUUACAGUGGGCGUCAUCCCACUCAUUUAGCUUUACUUUAUCUUGAUCAAAAUUCAACUUUUACAGCGAUUUUUACUUUUACGCAUGUUGGAAUAAGCAUUAAUAAACAGCUAUGUAGGGUCAGGUCAGUUAUCAUGACAAGCUUGCGUAGGUGUCACAGAGCCUUAUGAACAGCACCCGACAGUAAAGUGUUACCGCGGGCAUUGUUGACCGUUGAAGUCGCUGCAUAUCCCAGCAGGUAGAAGCAUUGUAGGUAUAUUCAACCAAGCAUUUGAACGACAACACUGCAGUCUUAGUUAUUCUCCCUAGCAUUAAAUGCACUAUGUCCCCGUGAGAGGCAGGAAAUCGCACGUUCUCUCUUCAUAUCCAUUCAUGAAACCUCUAGAGGCGUAGUUGAUUCUGAAUGAAGCAAUAGCUGUGCAGAAAAAGUCGUUUCCAUCUAGAUUGGGCAGAUUUUACAUCUUGUGUAACCUGUACUGUAUGUAUCUAUUUAUAAUGCGUUAUUUAGUUUAGAGUUUAGACGUUGGACUGGAUUAAACCGCUUAUCUGUAGUAGUACAGUGUUUCUGUUCUUAAUGUGGGGAACCAAGGACAACUCGAAGUCACAUCCUCAAUGGGAAAAAUGUGCAAUUACCUGUGGAUUAACUGGGCGGAGUGGUAAAGAAAAGCAUAUGCAAGGGUAAAACGAUCAACCGUAUACAGUUUCUGAAAGUAGAAGUGAUAGUAAAAGUGAUAGUGAGUGUUUAAAGGAAAGCAGAAGGUUGAAACCUGCCAAAUGCCCUUCAGUCCAAAUGAAGUCCUUAUUUAAAUGAAGUUUAUGGGAGACGAUAAGUAGCAGAACCCUGUGAUCCUCCUCUUAACAGAGCUCUGAGGUCAUUUCGUCAUUUUGUAGCUUGCCGUUAAGCGUCUGGGAUGAGCCGCCUACACCGCGGUUGCCAAAUAAGUGAAAGCAGUGCACAGUUUUCAAGCCGGCGGUCAAUAAAAGGGUCGCUUCUACAUAGGAGUCUCCAUAGGAGUCGCUGGUGUUACUGACACGCCACCACGUCAGUGUCACUGCAGUGCUGAGAAUGACCCACCACCCAAACAGUACCUGCUCUGGGAGGGUCCAUGGGGAUCCUGACCACUGAAGGGUGGUCAUAAUGUUAUGCCUGAGUGGUUUGCUGUUUAAGUUAGCAUGCAGACAGCUCUGCUCACCACAGAGCACGUUCGGUUCUGGAUAACAGAAGCCACGCUGACUCAAAUCUGAAGAAGUCGAAUGGUUGGUGUUGGAGUGAGAGAAGUCUGGAUUUAAACCUGUUGUGUGGUGUUUGGAUCUGUAUCCUCCUCUCUGGCUGGCUCCUCUCUCCUCUCCGGCUGAGCUGGUGGGCUGCAGAUCCAAACACCACAGUACGGGUGUGAUUUUGACCAGUGUGACUAGUGUAGGCUAUACAAACUCACGUCUGUGAGAGCAAAGUCGAAUGACUGGUGUUGGAGUGACAGAAAGUCGGAAUCAAACCUGUUUUGUAGUGUUUUGAGUUGCUUGGCAAAGCUGUGUGCCACACACGACAGUACAGGCUAGAUUCCAGCCAGCUGCUCAAACAAUGCACGUCCAGAGACUCGCAAAGUCGAGUGAGCGUCAGAAUCGAACAUGUUCUGUGGUGUAUUGGCCUUUUGGUCUUUGCUAAGCCACUUUGGUGAGUAGUAAGCUUCACGAUUCCACACCGGCAUGGAACCCAUUCCAUGAACCAUUUGGCUCCACAGUGGAGAAAAGCCCAAUGUUGACUGUGAUGUGAAGCUCACAUUAUUACAGUCUCAUUUAAAGGUAGACAAGCUGUAGUUCAUUACUGACAGUGUGAGCAAUUGGCAUCUUGUCAAGUGAAAUGAUCUUAAAUCUAGUCGAUGUAUCUAGUGUUUCCCAUUUUGAGAUGGUUGUGCACUUGUUAUGAGACGAUCCAGCUCAUUUCUAGACGCUUCGCUUGUUUUAGGUCAUUUUAUUAAGGAAAAUGAUCUCACUGUAUUGGCAGGUAAUUUAGUUGGUUGACUAAAUCACUUUACACAGGUAACAAAUGCCUGGUAAUAAGGUAAAUAAUCUUAAGCAUCUCAGCGUGUAAAAUAGUAGAUUUAUUGACCACAUUUAAGAUAAUUGUACUUGACAAGAUGCCAUUUAGGUCGUGCAGCUAUGUUCAUACGCUGAAUUUGGAGUUGAGGACACCUUCCCGACUUUCCAAGUAGGAAUUCCUAGUUGAGGGUGCGUUUUGUUUUAUAUUUUUUUUCCAAAUUAGAAGCCGCAAAUUGCGAGUUAAGAGGUUUUUUCCACACUCAGCAUAAACCAGUUUUUUCUCUAUGGGAAAUGAAUGGCAUUUUCCAAAAAAUGCCCCUCAUCCCACAGUGUGAUAAACAAAAGUGAUCCGAAAUUGAUCCGUUUGGUACUUAUUCCUCGAACAUCACUGUGUAAUUGGAAUUUUGAGGUUGAUAAGGAUUUUGUAAUAUAGAUUUUGCUCUGUGCAGUCUAAUGCUGUGCUCUAGUGCCCGGCGGGAGGUUUGGGUGUUUCUUCAUAGAAACGCCCACCACACGGAAAAAGAAAGCAUGGGGAUCAGGGAAUGUAUUACAGAAAAUUCUUAUCUUUUUCUCUUUACUUAAGAUCCGACAGGUCCAGAUAAGAUUUCUCACAAAUUCGUAUAACAGAAGCAAAACUGAUCUGAAUUUAAGAGCCUUGUCUUAUCUUACAGCAUCUUUUCUGAUCUCAAGUUAGGAAAUCUCAACUUACUCAUUUGAAGUCGACAAUCAACUGCUGUUACUGAGGUAAACAAGGUCAAUUAAAACUAAUGUGCUAUAAGCAGAGUUAAUAAUAUUGUGUCAGCGCUUCGUGCUGUUAAUCAGAUUUGCCGCUCUCAGUUUCAGUCUCCAUUUCCCAAACGCUUUAGUCGAGUGCGCUAACGUUACUCCUCCUAAUAAACAGACACACGUUCAGCUCCACCUCCUCAUUAUUCACCACCAUUACUGUAAUGUUUCAUCAGCAACAUUAACGCAGGAAAGUAAUCAGAGGGGUGGUGGAGUCGAGUCGGCAGCAUCUGGGGCUUUUAGACGCUGUUAGACAAUAAAAAUCACAAGUCAAAGCCCCGUUUUCAGUGUAGGUGAGUGUAGCGUCAUUAUGCUGGUUACAGUGAACUGAGCUGCUUCUCACUGCAUAAAACAAUAGAAACAGACGGUUAAAACAGAAGUUAAGAAGCUCUGAGGUUUAUCGUAAAGUAAAGAAAAUAUUUAAGAUAUUUUGGCAACUUAGGAUGUUUCUGUAAAACUGUUUUCUUAACUGGAAAUGAGAGAAGGUUACAGACUUAAGGACUGUUGUUCUGUAAUGACUUCUGUACUAAAUUUGCUGUGUUAAAAGCGAUUAACUAUUAGAUCUAAUAGAAGCCUGUCCGUUUUGUAUUUUUUCACGUUAGUGGUUUUUACUUGUGUAACAGAUUAAAGGUCACAUUAUACAUCACAUCUCCUAAACUCGUAUAUCACCUUUAAUCCUAAAUUUACCAGCUUAAAAUAUGACUUCGUCAUUCGGGCACAAAUUACAAAUGGGAAACUUAGUAUUUCCCAGUUUCCAAUAUCGCUCAAACACGGCACAACACUCUCAAUGCAAAUUGGCCGGCUUUCUGACGGUGGUUACCUAAAUGCACAGGAGCGCUAGCUUGACUGUAGCAUGUAUAGCAAUAUUAGCAUUUCAACUACUUAAUGACCUCAUAAUUCAUAUAGAACGGAGAAAAGUUAUGAGCUUUGAAACAAAAUUUAUCUGAGCAUUGUUUUUUUUUUUUCUCAAAAAUGCCGUUCAUUUCCACGAUAGAGAAAAUCCGCCAACUACAAAAUGAGCCACGACCUCAGAAGCCUCUGGCAGAAAGGCGCGAGGGCGCCCUCUGCUGUUUACGUUCAUAACGUAGGUUAACGAAUUGCAGGUGCCGUGUACUGCAGGUAUAUUUGCUGCCAUAACAUUUGCUUUGUUUCCAGUCAAAGGUUUUCUUACAAAAAAGUGUUUAAAAAAUUGUAGAAACGUAAAUUAUUGGUAAUAUUUUAUGAAUUUAUGAAUGAUUUCACUGUAUUGGCUUCAAUCAAGCAAAAUGAUCCGCUGAUAUAAUUAGAUAACUUGAUAAAACUGCAUAAAACAAGUAAAGAAAGUCUAGAAACAGGUUAAACCUGAAUCUUAUAAAAAUCUUACGACCAUCUUAUUAUGAGAAAUAUUAGACAGACUAGAUUUAAGAAAAUUUCACUCGACAGGAAACCAUUUUUUCAGUGCAAACACAAAUAAUCUACCGUAAAAUUAACACGUUUUUUGAGUGUUUUUCCAUAAACACUAUCACACAUCCAGUGCCAGGGGUUUUGUAGUUCAACAGUGUUUUUAUCUUCCCUGUUGGCUCAGUGAAAUAUUCUGAUAGUGGUUUAUUUUAUUUAUUUUUUUUUGGCGUAGCUUUGAAUUUUUAGCCAAAAAAAUGUCCCAAUGGUGAAAUGAAUUGAGAUUCAAAAAGUAUCGAGCGUAACCAGCAGAUGGCGCAGUCCUGCACGCUGCUGCUGGUGAAAAGGACGGGAUGAUUGUGGGUUGAUUAACUUUGGAUUCAUAUUAACUUGGACGUUUUUCACACGACAGUAAAAAAGCACAUUCCUUUCCUGACGAACAGACUUCGCUGAAAGUGCACGCAAAAGUACAAACAACUCCGAUGUGUGAAACGCACACAAAGCACGCGGCAAAGCGACACAACUUGAAUUCUGUUUUUAUUUCUCCCAGUUUCUGUUUUUUCUGAUUUUGCUGUCGUCCUUUUUGACCGUCUCGUUUUAUCCCUAUAUAAAUAUCGGUGUUAAUUAUUUAAAGAUGAUUAUUAGCAGUUGACGUUCUCUGUGUUUUUGUAUGCGAAGUCAUGUAAUGUCACUUGUACUUUCCUCAUUUUUGGCUUUUCCAAACAUUGCGUUUUUGUCUUGUAGCUGUUCAGAAUGGUGUUCAAACUAAAUAAAAGCUGUUUUGUGUUUUUUUUUAAAACUCAA